AUGGAAAAAGGUAAACUGGAGCCCGAACUGGUGUUCCAUAAUAUUUCAAUCGAUGGUAUGUGCAAAGCUGGGAAGAUUAAUGAUGCCAAGGAACUAUUUUCUAGGUUUUUUGAAAAUGGUUCACAACAUGAUGUUUAUACAUAUGGUAGAAUAAUUAAAGGACUUUGCAAAGAAGGAUUACUAAAUGAAGCAUACAAGGUCUUUAGAGGAAUGGGAGAGCGUGGAUGUUUAUCAGAUGAUUACUGUAAUAAUGUAAUUAUUCAAGAGUUUCUUAAGCGCAAGCAUGUAGCAAGGGCAAGUCAAUUUCUUGAUGAAAUGGUUGGCAAGGGAUUCUCUGCAGAUGCCACGACCACCAGCACAUCUAUCGGACAAUGA